AUGGCCGCCUACAAGAUGCAGUUAGAAGAUUGGCUGGAUGACCUGUGCGUCCGUUUCAUCAUCAACCUCCCCGAGGAGGACCUCUCCUCCGUAGCACGGAUAUGCUUUCAAAUCGAGGAAGCUCAAUGGUUUUACGAGGACUUCGUCCGUCCGCUCGACCCAACCCUACCUUCCAUGACCCUCCGAAACUUCAGUCUGAGAAUCUUCCAACACUGCCCUCUCCUUGCGCCAUUCUCGGUAGAGAACCACACUCGCGCAUUUGAAGAAUUUUUACAGUAUAAAACACGAGUGCCCGUACGCGGAGCAAUUCUUCUCAAUGAGGACAUGGACUCUACUGUUCUCGUCAAAGGUUGGAAGAAGGGCGCCAAUUGGAGUUUCCCACGUGGCAAGAUCAAUAAGGAUGAGGACGAUUUGGAAUGCGCCAUCCGAGAGGUCUAUGAAGAAACGGGAUACGAUCUCCAUGCUGCCGGCUUGGUUCCUCCUAAUCGGGAUGUUAAGCAUAUCGAGAUAACCAUGAGAGAGCAGCAGAUGAGGCUAUACGUGUUUCGGGAUGUCCCCAUGGAUACCCAUUUCGCGCCACGUACCAGGAAGGAGAUCAGCAAGAUCUCUUGGUACAAUCUUUCUGAACUCCCUGCGUUUCGGAAGAAAGGCAACAAUCAAAAUGAUGCCGCGGCUUCCGCCGCCGCCGUAAACGCAAACAAGUUCUACAUGGUCGCUCCUUUUCUCGUCCCUCUGAAGAAGUGGGUGGUGCAACAGAAGAAACGAGACAAUGCGAAGAACACCCAACAGGUUCACUUUCAGCCUCAGAAUCUCUACGAUGAGCCUGUUACUGAAGAUGAUGCUUGGGUACAAAAUAAGCCAACGGCAGCCGUGGUAGAGCACACUCCUGCUCUAGAUACCCUUGAAGGGGGCAACGGCCAACAACCACACCUCGUUACGAACGAAACCGAGCUACAGGGACAUCAACCUGGCAGCAAUGUGCAGUCUGCGCAAUACCAGUCUCCGCCGGCCUUCUGGCAACAGGAAGCGUCUCUUUCGGCCCAUGGUUCGGCCCAGACUGGUCUCGUUCGCAGCGCGACAGGCACUGAGCAGCAUAGGUCUGCGCUACUGCAAAUGUUUAAGAAGCCUGAGGGAGACAUUGCUAUCACCACAGGGGUGGCGCACACAAACCAAGGCUCAGAGGCGCCCGAGAUAGCCACGGUCAGCUCAAAGCACACACAUGGACCUGGACAUUCUGGCGUCGAACUUAACCCAUUGUCCUCUCAGCCAAUUACGCAGCAGGCCGAACAGGGUUCAGCGGCACAUCAACCUAACCGUGCAGACCCCUCGAACCUCAGCCGCAAGCAGCCGAACAAGGGAGCUACUCAAACACCGCCUUUCACGAUCCUGAGACGUCCUGAGGUCUUGGGGCACACAACAGCACCGCGUCAAGUGUCUGUCAAUGCGACGCUGGCAGCGCACAGGGCUAUCGGACAAGACAAACCUUCAAGCCUCGCCAGUCCUCCGGCGACAUCGUCACUUCCUACGCCUGCGGCCUUGCAGAGAAAGGAAUCCAUGUCGCAUGAACAGAGAAGUAAGCUGCUUUCGCUUUUUGGCAAACCUCCAUCUGUUGCCCCUGCUACACCAGAUGCUGCAGGUAGAGUUCCGGACUCAGCGGCACCAGAAACUACAUCGAGGUCAGGGUCUGCAGCUAGCAGGGGACUGCCGUUACUAGGGCAGAUCGCUCAGGACGACGCGGCCGAAUCUCGACGGGGUAGCCAGACACCCAUUUCGCCGGCCGACCGAAACUUCCUACUCAGCUACUUGGCUUCAGCAACCAACAACACCAAGUAG